GCCUGGGCCGCCAUUUUGGCGCUGUGCUGUGGCGGAGCGGUCGGGCAGCAGGAGCGGCGGCGGCACUCGCCUGGCUGUGAGGGGUGCGGCCAAGCGCGAUGCCCCGCGGCUGACGCGCUCGCUCCCGUCUCCGCCUGCCGCGCCGCCUCUCGCCUGCCGGGCCCCCCUCGCGAUGUCCUCGAGCGCGCCGGCGGCGGCGGCAGCCCGCUUCGACGCGUCGGAGCGCUCUUCGUGGUACGCGGGUCCGCUGUCGCGGGCGGAGGCGCAGGGGCGGCUGCAGGGGCAGCGGCACGGCACCUUCCUGGUGCGCGACUCGUCCACCUGCCCCGGCGACUACGUGCUGUCGGUGUCGGAGAACUCGCGCGUCUCGCACUACAUCAUCAACUCGCUGCCCGGGCGGCGCUUCAAGAUCGGCGACCAGGAGUUCGAGCACCUGCCGGCCCUGCUCGAGUUCUACAAGAUCCACUACCUGGACACCACCACCCUCAUCGAGCCCGCGCCCAGGUAUCCAGCAACACUGAUGGGGUCGGGAUCAGCACCCAUUGUGCCUACUACAGAAGAGAAUGUGGAAUAUGUUCGGACUCUUUAUGACUUUCUUGGAAAUGAUGCGGAGGAUCUGCCAUUUAAAAAGGGGGAGAUACUGGUCAUUUUAGAGAAGCCUGAAGAACAGUGGUGGAGUGCCAGAAACAAAGAUGGCCGUGCUGGAAUGAUCCCUGUUCCUUACGUUGAGAAGCUUGUGCGAUCUUCCCCACAUGGAAGGCACGGGAAUAGGAAUUCCAAUAGCUAUGGGAUUCCUGAGCCUGCCCACGCUUAUGCUCAGCCGCAGACCGCGAGCCCUCUUCCCAAUGUACCUAAUACUCCUGGGGCAGUGAUCAACCCCCUGCCGUCAACACAAAAUGGACCAGUCUAUGCCAAAGUGAUUCAAAAGAGAGUUCCAUGUGCUUACGACAAGACUGCCUUGGCACUAGAGGUUGGCGACCUGGUGAAGGUCACGAGGAUGAAUAUCAAUGGUCAGUGGGAAGGUGAAGUCCAUGGCAGGAAAGGGCUCUUCCCUUUCACACAUGUCAAAAUAAUUGACCCUCAGAAUCCAGAUGAAAACGAAUGAUUCCCGCUGGCCCAUUUUUACAUUACUGCUUCAUUUUCCGGCUAUCAUGAGCAUCAUUUGAAGUGCAAUGAUUGUUAAUGGCGCAUUGUAAGCCCUGCCUGUUGUCCAUGUUUUCCAGCUUGCUGUGAUUUGACAGCCCCCCCUAGUAGUAUCUCUUUGAUAUGCACACAGUGAAAGAAGAAGUCACGUGAUGCCUCAGUUGUGUUUUCUCAGUUGUGGAUUUCUCCCAGAAGGAUUUUGGACCUUAAGCAGCAGAAGGGUGGGGCUGCCCCCCAGGCCGAAGACGAGGGGCUGAAAUUUCCGUUUUCCUGGCUGCAGUGGACCGACGUUCUGCUCAGGAGGAGAACCCUAAGCAACUUUGUCUAAUGCGGAACAGCAAAUUAUACAUUUUAAUUUUUCCUUCUGGGGCAUGGAAGACUUGAUUUGAGAGGAAACAAUCUGUUUAAACAAUUAGAAUAAUAGUGUCUUUAGCCUAUGUUUGAUGCGCUUUGUAUAUUAACAAGUCAAUUUUCUGAGUGCUGUUAACCUAGAACACAUUUGGGACAACAGCAAAGCAUCAUUUUAAGGAAUUGCAUUGCAGCAAAGGCUUGAAUUUACAACUAUGAUACACAAUUGGUCUGUUUUGCCAUACACCUACCUAAAAUUGAUGUUUGAUGCAAUGAUUCUGCAAACAAGUCUUUAAAAGAAACAUUUUUAUGUCUCACAGGCACUUUCUGCCUCUUUAAAUGCAAUUUUUUUAAAUAGCAAGCAUUGAUAAUCAAUAAUGGGUGGAAUACUACUGUAAAUCAAAAGAUAUAAUUUAAUCUCUUCCAUGCCCGUUGUGUGUGAAUCACAGAAGGUGUACAAAGUUGGUGUACAAAUUGUUGUUUCUCUGUGCUAGGUUUUAAACAUAAUGAGGAAUGGUUAAAAAAAAUGCAGAAAGCUGAAUGUUGGUUUUAGCAUCUGAAAAAUUGACUCCAUAGAUGGUGGUUUUAAAAACUUUAGUCAGCGCAUGUUCUCUCUUGAGGAUUUUUGACUUCUGAGGAGCCCCAUCUUCAACUAAGUAUUGAAGUGCCUUAAUUUGAGGAUGAACGGUGCUAAAGGGACGCAGUUGUGGCAAAGGGAUUUGGUCUAAACAGAAGCAUUUCAGUUUGCUGAUUAUUAAAACUCUGUAAUGCUGGUUAGGUGGUUGAUGGUCUAGGGAAAAGGAGAGCAUGGUUUUACUGCCAAACAUACUGUGAAUUGGACAGGAAGCACUGCUAUGCCUUAGGUGCUCAGGCCCUCUGUGAUGGACAGUUAUGCAGCUAUUUUAGAGAAAAAGAAAAAAAAGAGAGAGAGAGAUGCCCGGGCAGGUGCCCCUGUUGAUUUUUUAGUUACUGCAAAGUAAAACUACUGAGCUUUGUGUUAGGAAUAUUUAAGCUGCACUAAACAUCCAUCUGCCACAGAUAAUCCUAUUACACUGCUGGUCUAACACUCAUGAGCAAUCCUUAAAUGCCUUGAAAAGCUACAAGAACACUGUGUGUUGUCAUUCCAAUAUGCUCCAGAUAGAACCUCUGUUCCUCCCCAGCUCGCUUCCUUGGCUCCGCCUUAGACUCCUCUCUGCCUGGUAAAUGAAUGUGAGGAUUGCAAAGGAAGGGAUGGGCGUCUAUGCAAGUAAGCGUCCUGCCGUUGCCAGGAGCACUUGGUGGCUUCCGAGGCUCUUCAGGAGGCAGCUGAGAACUUCAUCUCCAUUUGAAGCCCAAAUCGGAGUGGCGCCUGUCAUGGCUAAUACCUGCAGCUCAGGUAUUUGAUCUGUCCAUAAAUGUUAUCAAGGGUUAGGUAUCAUUGCUGUUUACUUACAUCUCUGCUGCCUCAGAGAGCCUCAUGUAGAAGACGACCCUUGGGUUAGUCACGGGAGCUCUUCGAUCUAUGCAUUCUGGUGGUGCAAGGUGUUAAAAGCCUUGCAGUGCAGCCCUUGCAUGUUUACUUGGAAAUGAAUCCCUCUGAGUGCUGCGGCAGGUGCUCCCUACUCAGUGGGCAGAGGUUUGGCACCUAAUUGUAGCCAUUGAUUGAAAUGUCUUUGGAAGGUCUUGCCUUCCCUGUUGCACAGGGUGAUGAUGGCUUGGAUCAGCAGGGGAAUUGGGGAGCGUUGCGGCUGACAGAAGUCACUGUUUACGAACCAGGCAGGAAUGCAUCAAAGGGAAUCUCCUAUUUUGGUUGGAGGUCUUGAGGGCCCAAUCAGUAUUUUUGUUAAGGAAUAUAAAGCACUGGCGUGCCAUUUCAUGUGCCUGCAAUUUUAUUUUUUAUUUUUUUUGUAUUUUAUAGUGAACAUCACGGGAUGGGGUUAGCUUGUUAUGUCUGUCUCUCAUAAAUUUCUCUGGCAUCUCCAACUGUGAGCUUCCCUUGUGGGACCAGCAGAAGUAUGCUGGGGAGCUCUUCAUGUUCCCGUUCACCUCAUCUGGGUUGUUAAAAUGCAAACAUGUCCAGAAACGAUUUUGCGGAGGGAAAGGUGGCCUUGUAUUUAAGACGGUCUUCACUGUGCAAACAUUUUUAUGUAAUUGAAGUAUCAUUUGAAUUUCAGGCAAUGAUGUGUUGUUCUUUACAUCUUUCUUUGGGGGUCAUCAUAGCUUGAUUUUAUUUUAUUUUGUGCUACAAAAUUAACAGUAUUAAAUAUAUUCUUAGAACACAUCAAGUGUCAUUUCUUAAAAUUAGUGCCUUUUUUGUUUUUUUACUCAAUUUACUUCACUACUGAUCCCACAUCAAGCCAGUGUGGUCAGUGCCCAAUUUGUAUACUCUCAAUAAAACAUACAUCCAACUUGCA